AUGCACUCGCCCACCCCCUCGCCGCCGGCCACCGUCACCCUUGCCGUGGCUGACCUGUCCGGUCGUACCGUCGCCCUCGCCCUCGCCCCGCCGGCUACCUAUGCCACAGCAACUGCUGCUGCUGCUGAUGCGCUGGGCGUGGUGGAGGCCAUGCGUCUGCUCCCGCCACCGCCGCAUCCAAUGCCCUCCGGUCACACCGAUGAGCUUGUUCCUGAUGUCUUUGUCGGACCGGGCGCUCCACCGCUGCUCGCUGUCAUGGCUCGUCCGCCGGUCGACCCGCCGCCGCCAGAGCCCGGCCUGCCGCCGUCAAUGGACGAAGUCAUGCGCGUCACCUCCGCCGCCAUCGAUGACGACGAUGCCUCGCUCGAUCGUGCACAUAACGUGUGCGCCUCGGUCCGUGAGCUCGUCUCCUCGCUCCUUGGCAUUCCUGUCGACGCGCUCGACGCCGACGAGGCGUCACAGGACGUUCAUGCCUCAUCGACGCCACAGCCGGCUCGAGUCCCGCCACCGGUUGCUGCUGGCCCACUUGCUGCCCUCACUGACAUGGGCUUCCCCGAAGCCCACGCCCGCAAGGCGCUCAUGCUCGCCGGCGACUCGGUUGCUCGCGCCAUGGAGUGGCUGCUACUGCACGAGGGCGAUCCCUCGCUUGACGCCCCACUCUCCGAAGAAGAGCUCCAGCGCGUCGGCGUACUGGCUCCCUCCGCUGCAGCUGACGCAAGUGCCACGGGCGCAAUCGCUGCGCCACCACCAUCGUCUGCUGGUGACGCUGCCGGCGAGCCCUCUGUGUCCGAGCACACUGAAUCGCUUGACGCAGACCCCUUCCAGCCCAACGCAGACAUCCUGGCCUCGAUCCGUGACAUGGGCUUUCCCGAUGAUGACAUUAUCGCCGCCCUUCGCGCUACCGACAACCACGAGGAGGCCACCGUAGCCUGGCUCCUUGGCGACUUUGACACUGCCGACGCGCUCGUCGCGGCACGGCGGCCCGGCGCGAACGAGGGUGCUCCAAGCGAUGGUAGCCUGGGCGUAGACGACGUUACGCCAUCAAUCGACACGCAGUCGCCUAUUGUCCAGGCCAUUGUCAACAAUCCAACCAUCCAGGCCGGCCUGCGCAAGCCACACGUCCUUCAGGCCUUCCACAUGCUGCUGACAGACCCGUCGUCGGCGGUGCAACUGAUCAACGACCCCGAGGUCGGACCCAUCCUUCUCCGCAUUCACACCAUCAUCUCCAACCUCGCUGCCCGCACCCACUAGCCGCGGUUUUACUCGUUCACCUCGUGGACGUGAUGCAUGUCGUGCGCCUUGCACCACUCGAGGCCGGCAAUGGCCCGCAGCUUCUGCAGCUGCUUCAUCGAGUAGUUGGCUGCGCCGAACUGGACCGACACCUCGAGCUCGUUCCCGGCGCGAGAGACCGUAAACGCCUCGGUCUCACCGGGGAACGCGUGCGACAUAAUAACCAUAAAAUCCGGCUUUGAGUUG